AUGAGUAUUAUUCGAAUAAGUAAUCGAUUUUUGUCGAUUUCGACAAUAGGUCGAGCAACAGCUAUUGCCAUAAAACCACAUCCUUAUUAUUAUCAUUAUGGUAAACGUAUAUCAUCGAUUGAUACGAAUCGUUUACUAUUAUUAUCAUCAACACAUAUUCGUUCAUUUCAUUCAUCAUCGAUACUUUUUCAUGAUAAAUCUACAAUAGAAAAAACAGUAGAUUUAUUAAAAGGUGGAGCUCUAGAAGAAAAAAUAAAACCAGUAUCAACAACACCAACGAAAACCACUGUUCCAGUCAUUCCCCCGGAGACAACAGUUUCUACAAUAAGUACACCACCAAGUGAUUCAUUGGUUGUUAAACGAAAAUCACUUUGGCAACGUAUUGUUCAUGAAUUAAAACAUUAUUAUAAUGGUUUUAAAUUAUUAUUUAUUGAAACAAAAAUUGCAUUUCGCCUUUUAAGACAAGUUUUAAAUGGUUAUACAUUAACACGACGAGAACGAAAACAAUUUACACGUACGGCUGCUGAUUUAUUUCGAUUGGUACCAUUUUCUGUUUUUAUCAUUGUUCCAUUUAUGGAAUUUACAUUACCAAUAUUUUUAAAACUUUUUCCAAAUAUGUUACCGAGUACAUUUCAAGAAGCAGAUAAAGAACAAGAAAAAAUAAAAAAACAAUUAAAAGCAAAAUUAGAAGUAGCUAAAUUUUUACAAGAUACACUUGAAGAUACAGCAUUAAAAUCGAAAAAAAAACGUUCAGACGAUGAAUUAACAACACAAUUUGCUGAUUUUAUGAAACAGAUGCGUUCAACUGGCCUUCAACCAUCAACUGAAGAAAUAAUGAAAUUUUCAACAUUAUUUGAAAAUGAAUUAACAUUGGAUAAUCUUGAUCGUCCACAAUUAGUUGGUUUAUGUAAACUUCUUGGUAUAUCAACAAUUGGUCCUGAUUAUUUUCUUCGUUUUACACUUCAUUUAAAAUUACGUCAUUUAGAAGCUGAUGAUAAAUUAAUUCAAGAUGAAGGUAUUGAUAAUCUUACUGUUGAAGAAUUACAAGCAGCAUGUCGUGAACGUGGUAUGCGUUCACUUGGUGUUAGUAUUGAACGUUUACGUUCACAAUUACAACAAUGGCUUGAUCUUCAUCUUAAUAAACGUAUACCAUCAACUAUUUUACUUUUAUCACGUGCACUUUAUUUACCAGAAAAUAUUCCACAAGAAGAUAUACUUAAAGCAGUUAUUCAAUCAUUACCACCAGCAGUUGAUAGUGUAACAGCUGUUAAAAUAGCUGAAGUUAGAGGUGAACGUGUUGAUAAUACACAACGUAUUGAAGCUAUUAAACGUGAAGAUGAAGCUAUUAGAAAAGAAAAAGAAGACAAAGCUAAAGAUAAACAAUUAUCUGAAGAUGAAAUAAAAAAGAAACAAUUAGCUGAACAAGUUGUUGUACCAACAACACCAUUAGAUAUUCCUAAAGCAGAAAUUCUUGUUGAUAAAGCACCUAUACUUAGUGAUCAUAAAAAAGAAGAUAAAAAAGAUGAUCAACAAAUUGAUGUUGGACCAUUUGAAACAGCACUUGAACAACUUGUCCAUAAAAAAGCACAAGAAGUUCAAACAACAGUUGAAGAAAUUAAAGAACUUAAAGAUGAUGUUAAAGACUACAAAGAAGAUGUUAAAGCCCUUGAAACAUUGGCUGCAACAAAACAUGUUAAAUAUUUAAGUGAAACACGUUCUGCUAAAGCACUUUCGAAACGUAUUGAUAAACUUGUUGGUGAUCUUGAUCACAUUGUUCACUCACUUGAUAAAAAACAAGAUUCGCUUAAACAAGAUAUCGAAAGUGAAGAAGAUAAAUUAAAGGAAGUUACAUUUAGAACGGAUCAAAUCCAAGAACAUAAAGAUUUUCUUACAGAAAAAAAAGAGGUUCUUGUAUCAACUCAAGAAUUAGUUAAUACUAUUCGAGAACUUCAAAAAGUUUCAAAUCAAUCUACAGAUGUUCACGUUCGGGAUAUAAUUAAUCAAUUUGAUCAUAAUAAAGAUGGUUUCAUUGAAGUUGAUGAAAUAUUAAAAGCACUUGAAAUAAUUGGCAAUGAAAAAGUUAAAAUAUCGAAAAAACAUUUAAAAGAAAUAAUUGAUUUGAUGAUUUUUAAUGAAAUAAUUCGUGAACUUAUUAAAAAUAUUCAAUUAAAUGUUUUUUAUGAACAUUUUACAAAAGAUAAUGAACAAAUCGAUUCUUAUCUAUUAAAUUAUUUAGAAACAGCUCGAAAUAUUUUAAUUAAUGAUGAACAAUUUCAAAAAACAAAAUCUUAUGUAAAAAUUAUUCUGGAAUAUUCAUGGGAAAAAUUAAAUACAGGAAUAUGGCAAAAUGUUAAAGAUGUUUAUAGAUAUUUAUAUGCUUAUGCUUGUUAUAUUGAUGUACUUGUUGAUUGUAGAAUAUUGAUACAAAAUGAUAAAUAUGAUAAUUAUCAAGAUAUUAUAAAAAAAUGUGAUUUGGGUAUUUUACUUGGUGGACCAAUACUCGAAAAACAAUUCAAUGAUCUUAUUUCAAUAAUCAAUGAGAAUUGUAAAAAUAUUCAAGAUGAAGAAUCUAAUAUUGAUCUUCAGUCAUCAAAACGAAUUCGUCUUGAUCAUAAUAAUCAAAAUGAUGAUUUCAAUUGGAUGCCAAUACCAAUUAUUGAUUUAACAAAAGCAAUUGAACGUAUUCAUUGUCCAUCUAUCGAACAAUUUCUUACAUGUUAUAUGCAAACAAAAAAACCUGUUAUACUCACUGGUUGUAUGAAUCAUUGGCCAGCAUUGUCUAAAUGGAGUUUUGAUUAUUUGAUUAAGUUAGCUGGUGAUCGUACAGUACCAAUUGAACUAGGUAGUCGUUAUUCAGAUGAUGACUGGACACAAAAAUUAAUGACAAUAACAGAUUUUGUCGAACAAUAUUGUCAACGGAGAUCUUCAAAAUGUGGUUAUUUAGCACAACAUCCUUUGCUAGAUCAGAUUCCGGAUUUAAAAAAAGAUAUUUGUAUACCAGAUUAUUGUUAUAUUAGUUCAGAUGAAAAUGAAGAUGAAGAGGUUGAUCUUAAUGCAUGGAUUGGUCCGAAACAAACCAUAUCACCAUUACAUAAUGAUCCAAAACAAAAUCUUCUUGCUCAAGUUGUUGGAGAAAAAUAUGUUCGAUUAAUUGAUCCUAUUUAUUCAUCAAGAUUAUAUGCACUUGGUUCAACUAUGUUAAACAAUACUAGUUCGAUUGAUGUUGAACAUCCUGAUUAUGAUCGCUUUCCUCUUUCCAAAGAUGUUCCAUAUCUUGAAUGUAUACUUCAGCCAGGCGAGAUGCUCUAUAUGCCAUCACGUCAUUGGCAUUAUAUGAAUUUUACAGAAUUAUUUAAAGUAACAUCAUAUCAAUGUUUAUUUUCACCUGAUGGUCAAUAUUUAGCAUGUGUUAAUCAAUAUCGUUUAAUAAUACGUACAUCAACAACAUUAGAAAUAAUAAAUUUAUUUGCUUGUAUUGAUAUAAUAGAUACAAUUGAAUGGUCAUAUGAUUCACGUUUUAUUUUAGCUGGUUUAAUUAAACGUAAUGCUAUACAAAUAUUUUCAUUAGAUAAUCCAGAAUGGAAAUGUAAAAUUGAUGAAGGUUCAGCUGGUCUUUGUCAAGUACAUUGGGCACCAGAUUCUCGACAUAUAUUAACAACAGCACAAUUUCAUUUACGUAUAACUGUUUGGUCAUUAACAUCAAAAAAUAUUUCAUAUAUGAAAUAUCCAAAAAAAAUUUCACCUAAUUCUUAUAUAUUUAAUGUAUCAAAAUCAUAUAUGGCAUUAGUUGAACGUCGAAAUGAUAAUACAGAUCAUAUAUCAAUAUUUAAUUAUUCAACAAAUUGGUCAAUGAUUGCACAUUUUCAUGUUAAGGAAUUAGAAGAUCUUCAAGGUAUUCAAUGGUCACCAAAUAAUGAUGUUUUAUGUUUAUGGGAAAAUUAUUAUGAAUAUAAAAUUAUUUUUUAUACACUUGAUGGACAAUUAUUAAAUAUAUAUAAACCUGAAAAUGAUCAUUUAGUAUUAGGUGUACGUUGUGCACAAUGGUCACCUACUGGACAAAUUAUGGUUGUUGGAGAUUAUGAAGAACAUAUAACUAUAUUUAGUUAUUUAACUUAUAAAAAAAUUCGAGAAUCUUUUCAACAUCCACAAAGAUUAUCAUCAAAUAAUGGUUAUACAAUUUUAAAAGAAGAAGAAUAUCAUACUGAUAGUGAAGAAAUAAAUGAGAAAAGUCAAAGUAAAUCUUAUUCAUCUUCUACAAAUUCAUCAUCUCUCUUAUCAAAUCAUGAAUCAAAAUAUAUUAUUUAUAAUGGUACACUUCAAAUAGAUCCAAUAAAACCUAAUUUUGAUCGUGCUAAUCCUCGAUUAGGUGUAUCAUCUAUUGAAUUUUCAAGUUCAGGUCGAUAUAUAUCAACAAUUAAUGAAACAAUGCCAAAUAUUUUAUUUAUAUUUGAUUUUAAAUCAACAUUUCAUUUAGCUUUUGUACUUAUACAAAUUCAACCAAUACGAUGUAUUAAAUGGGAACCAAAACGUGAUCAUUUAGCAUUAUGUACACAUAAUAAUUGUUUGUAUAUUUGGUCAUCAAAAGGUGCUUCUUGUAUUAGUUUACCUAGUGAAUCAUCUAAACAUAAAAUAGAUGAAAUAAAAUGGAAUAAUUAUAAUUCUAUACCAAGUAUUGCAUUGAUUGGACAGAAUACUAUGUGUCUCGGUUUUGUUGAUCUUAAUAAUGAUAUGUAA